GGGUGCAAUACGUAAUUAUUUCCAAUUGGGAAGAGUGAAAUAGACGAAGCAGGAAAAACCGCACAAAGGAAAAAAAGAAGAAGAGGAGAAACACACAAAUAGCGCAACGUACAAGAAGGUUGAAGCCCAGCAACGGCAACAGCCUUUUCUUCUUCUUCAGUCAAAUCUUUAUAGAGUUUUACUGAUCAAUUAGUGCUUCAAGGGGCUUUUGAUGGAUAGUAUUGUAGAUGCACUGAACAAUGCAUAUCAAGAUUUUGUUGCAGCAGCUGCCGCUGCACUUGAAUCAAAGGAGAGUUCAAAUGGUCAGAAAACAGUAGCAACUGAUGCUGCAUUAGAAAACUUUAAGCAACGAUGGGAGUUGUUCAGGGUUGCUUGUGAUCAGGCAGAGGAGUUUGUUGAGUCAGUUAAACAAAGAAUAGGUUCCGAGUGUCUUGUGGAUGAGGCUACGGGCUCUGUUUCAGGGAAGCCUGGGCAGUCAUCAGCAACAAGUGGCCUUCAACCCAUUAGUGCUGUUAGAUUGGAGCAGAUGAGUAAAGCUGUCAGAUGGCUAGUGAUAGAAUUGCAACAUGGUUCUGGAGAGAGUAGUGCUUCUACACACCCCAACCCUUCUGCUCCUUUUGAUGCUAGAUUUACUGAAGAUGCCACUCAAUAGGUGACUGGCAAAGACUGGUAAACAGGCAGAGACAAACAAACAGAUCAGCUAUGCCUCAGUAAGCCGCUAAAGUUGUACGUUGGUUGUAUCAAAUCAUGUUGUAACGCUGUAGAACUGCUCCGAUAUUUAUUUCUAUUGCAGCAGGAGCCACCCCACUGUUAGGUGUUAUUCAGAUUUCAAAACCACGUGCCCGUAUGUGUGUGUGUGUGCAUACAAAAUGUACACAGGCUAUAUUCAUGUGCCUGCUAUAUAUUACAGUUACACUUUUGAAGUUUGUUUGUACUUACAAAAGUGGUAUGUCAUAUUGUCGUUGAAAAAGGCUCCAAUGUGUUGUUUGUUAUAGGUGUUCUUGAUUUAUAUAUUCUUGAAUGAUGAUACCAUAGAGGUAUAAUUGCCUUUCCUAAAGAAAUAUAUCUUAGGCAUUGCAAAGUGUCUUGUUUUGUAAAAGUGUUAACCCUGAUGAACUCAGUCAGUAGGAUUUGAAGACCCUGGAAUUGCUGCA